UCGUGUUUGACGCCGAUGUAUGUCUGAGGAGGUCUGUCUCUGAAAGAGAGAGGCGACAGAGAUGACAGAUUGAAGAAAGGACGCGGAAUUUGACGUCUGGAUCGCCAAAUCUCCUUCUCCAUUUCGAUUUCCUUUCACAAAUUUCUACUGUGAUUUCUCAAUUCUUGCCAUUUCCGCCUUCCAUUGCUCCUCCAUCGGACCUUCCCUCCAUUUCCACUUAAUCUUCCCUACUUUUCCCUUAUCUUCUAGCCCCCAUCGUUCCCUGUCAAUGGCGCGGCAAUCCCCCUUUUCACCUCCCCAGAUCUGACCCUUCUGAAUUGCCAUAUCUGCUACCUGCUUUUAUGGGGGUUCUCUUCUUUUAGCACUACCCGGAUCUCGUGUUGGAUUUAAGGACGGCAAACUGGAAAUGGAACUGUCUUCUUCUGUCAAUUCUACCGAAAUCCACCGGGAUCCUUCUCCGACGGGUAAAGAAUGCCAAGAUUUUCGUUUGCUUACUGUGUCGUCACAACCCUCUGAUUUUCGGAUCGAACCUGACAAUCGGUUCCACUCUAUGAGCGCAUUGGAGAUCUUGAGAGAAACCGUUCGGAUUCUUCGCUUUAAUUCUACUGCGUUUGUGGUUAUUGCUAUUUUGCUCAUUUGCCCUGUUUCCGCUGUGUUUCUAUCCAAUGUGUUCGUUGAUGAGUCGAUUGUCAAGAUGCUCACUAUUCGAUUGGUAUUAAUUGCCAAGUCCAGUGGACUCCCAUUGAUACCUAUCAUCGAACAUUCAUGCCAGAGAUUUGCAGAGUCGAUUCUUGCCUCGGCUAUGUGCUUUCCUUUGUUCGUUACUCUUUCUUUGGUAUCAAAAGCGGCCGUCGUUCAUACGGUGGAUUGUACAUAUGCAAAAAAAAGGUUCGAAGCGAACCAGUUUUUUGCUAUAGUUCGUAAAAUAUGGAAUCGUCUUCUCCUCACGUAUGCUUCGGCGUGUCUUGCGAUUGUUGGUUGUCUUACCAUGUUCUUGGUCCUGCUUGGUGCCGUUUGCAGUACUCUUUACGCACUAGCGUUUUCGCCUGAUCUAAUUGUAUUUGCUGCCGUGAUCGUAGGGCUUAUCUUCUCUGUUAUUUUUGCUAAUGCUGUUAUCAUCUGCAACAUAUCCAUUGUUAUCUGUGUGUUGGAAGACAUUGCAGGACCUGGGGCAUUGCUUCGAUCGUGUGUUCUUAUUAGGGGUCAGACUCAAGUGGGUCUUUUGAUAUUUCUGGUAUCUACAAUCGGGACUGUGUUUGUGGAGGGCUUGUUUGAGCAUAGGGUUAAGACGCUGAGCUAUGGAGAUGGGUCGUCCAGGAUAUGGGAAGGCCCUCUUUUGGUGGUUAUGUAUUCAUUUGUUGUUCUUACUGAUUCAAUGAUGAAUGCAGUUUUUUACUUCAGCUGCAGAUCUUCAAGUAUGGCGAUAUCAAAUGGUGAACAAGAUUCAACUUUGGAUAUGCCAGUUUCUGAUGAAUCAACCGGUAUUCUUUGAUUUUAUAGCUUCAUAGAUUGAUUAUACACACGUCUUCCAUUGUUGAUGGAUACUUCAUAGAAAUGGAUAUAUAUUGCUACAUUGAUCAAGCCUAAGAUGUGAAGAAUCACAGAAAUGCUUGGAAAACUUUGGUUGAUUAGUUUUCUAGUGCUAGAGGCAUACUCAGUGACUAUUUAUAGAAUGUAAAACAACCAUUUGGUGGUAUGAGAAACGAUGUUGUGCAGUAGAUAGUUGAAGAGAAGUAGUGACCAACUUAGGAUGUUCAUUUGGAAAAACGCAUUAAGAUCCCAAUGAAGAUGUGGGAUUUUGGCGAAAUGUGCAUUAGAGGCCGCUGUUUAUGUUCUAUGAUAUGAUAUUGUUCAUUUUGGCCGCCAAUUAUGUUCUAUGAUAUGAUAUUGUUCACUUUGGACAGCAUUUCUGCAUCUGCUUGUUCUGGAACAUGUUAUUAAGACUGUUCGAGGUGCGGCUUCCAACUUUUCUCCACUUAAAUUGCUUUUAUUUUGUUCUAAUUUCUUCAGUUGGCUUGAUGCACUUGCUGUUCUUCUUUCCUUUUUUCUCAAAUAUUAGGAUGAUGUGAUAUGAGAUUUGGUUCAAUGAGAACAGCUUAGUAAAACUUACAGAUUAUCUAUGCAUUCUGAGGUGUGUUCUUCACCAUUUAUUCAAAGUAUACUCAUGUGUUCCAAUAUCCCAUGAUUCCUAUCAACUAAAGUUUAAUGCUAAUAUCACCAUUUCGUACAUUUUUGAGAUCUGGGAUUUUGUUCCUACACAUCUGUGAAUCAAGUGUCGGUUUUGUUCCUGAAUCUGUGGGAACAUAGGACUGUUGUUUGAGAUUUGAGUACUACAGAUUCUAGAACAUCGCCCUACCGUCAGCAUCGACAGACGAUGACGACGGUGUGGCGUUUAGCAUCAACGAUCAGCGAACAACAAGAAUGGGGAAAGGUGAGAGUGGAGGGAUGAUGAAAAAGAAAGGAGGGAGAAUGAACUUGGCCACUACAACCUCCCAUAACCAAAUUUUCUAGCCAUCAAUGUCUAGUGAACUAAAAAUGUCGGUGUUGAAACUUCAUGGACGAAAAAGACGUCAAUUCCUUCGAUCAAGAGAUCAUCGUAGGUGGGCUUCAUAUCGAAUACGAGCAUGAAGGAAGCCCACCAUCAAUCCUAUCACAUAUACUUUUGGGCCACAGGUUCGAGCACACAAAUUCGACGACCCAAAUAUCUUCAAACAAUGGAGAUGGACGACGAGAUUAAGAAAAUAUACAACAGCACUGUACUCUGCAACAGACAGAAGAGAGCGCGUGAAUGUAAAUCCCAAAGAAGGAGAUGAAACGAAACUGGAAAGAGAUGCGAACUCCGGGGACGAACUGAACUGUGAGAUUAGGAAACGCAAUGGAGACCGUUAGAUAAGAAAGAGAGAUGCGCCCGAUGGAAUGAAGAGCAGGCGGUGGAAAAGGACGAAAGAAGCAGUCAGUCUGAAUGAGGGAAGGGGGCCCUUCCUUCGGUUCCUUGAAAACCGACGCUACGUUACGCCACAAACAGAUAGAUAGCUGGUCGCCAUUGGCGCUAUGUAGAUGCGGAUUCUUGGGGACUGAGCCGGCUGAUGCAUCUUCUGCAUCUUCUGCAUCCUCCUCCAGAAUAAGUGCAGACAAAAUGGGAACUCAAAAAGUCAGAACUUUACUUGGCAUCUCUAUUUACUCUGCCUUUCUUCUUCUUUAUGAUUCCUAAUGGGCAUUGCAUUGCAUGAGUCUGUACUGUCUGCCAAUUUUUGCCUCUCUUUUCCCCAAACUACCCUUCUCUGUUUUCUUCUCUGUUUUUCUUUUUGCUGUGGCUUGUGGGUUCUCUUUCUGCACUUGUGUCAGUAUGAGUGGUGCAUUUCUGGGGUCAGUUUGGACAAUUUGGAUGCGGUAAUUGGCUUGCCUUCUCCCUUUUUUUUUUUUACUUUUUCUUAAAUCCAAGGCUGGGGGAGCUUCUGAAUUUGCAACACCUAACACUUUGUCUUUCACUUUUUUAUUGCUUUCAUAAAAUAUGAUAUGUUCAUCUAUAAAGUUCCUUUUCUUUUUGUAA